AUGUCUCAGCAGAAGGUUCGGAUAGCAAUAAUUGGCGGAGGCAUUGCUGGAGCGACACUCCUUCACGCCCUCUUGCCACAAGCACAUCUAGAGCCGCACAUUUUCGAGUCGGCAGCACAGUUCAGAGAAACAGGAAUGGCAAUUGGGAUCGCGCGCAACGCCUUUGAGGCUCUAGACCUGAUCGGUCCCUCAGCACGAGCAGCGUUGGAGGAGGCAGGAGCCCAUGCUCACAACGGAAUGAAGAUCAUGCUGGCCCAAGGGCCCGAUGCGGGCCAAAUGGUGGACGAGAUUGAUCCUCAUAAAGAUGGAAAGAGAAUGACURGCUUUGUGCAUCGGGCGGCGUUCUUGGAGAAUCUCUUGGCGAACGUUUCGCCGUCAAGACUGCACGCUUCCAAGAAGUUGACCCAUGUCGAAAAGCAAGCGGAUGGGUCACUCGUUUUGGAGUUUGCGGACGGAUCGACGCACGCAUGCGAUAUGUUGAUUGGGGCUGAUGGCAUUCACAGCACCGUGAGGAGGAUCAUUCUUGGCAGCGAGAAUGAGGCCACCAGUCCAGUGUCGGCGGGCUGGUUCCAUCUGAUAUCCCUGCAGCCGUAUGACAAGAUGGCAAAGAUUCUCGGUGCCAAGUUUGUAGAUCUAGAAGAUACUCGUCAGUGGAGCUGGAUUGGGGACGGAUGUUUCAUGAUGCACAACGUUCUCAAUGACGGCAAGCUCGUGCAGCUCGUUGCCACGGUGAGGGACGAACAUCCGGACGGAAACUGGAAGAAGACGGUCAAGGCGGAGGAGAUGAAGCACACUUUCCGUGACUUCCCUGUACACCUGCAACAGGCGUUGGCGGCUGUGAUCGGAGACGAGGAGGAGCGAGACUACAUGUGCACCUUCCAACAUCUCCCCGCUCGAACUUACAUUGACGGAGCCAUGUGUGUGAUGGGAGAUGCCGCCCACGCGACCACGCCUUGGCAAGGCAGCGGCGGCGGCAUGUCCAUUGAAGAUGCGCUGGUGCUUUCUUCCCUGCUCGCGCGCAUCCAAUCGUCCGACGAGGUGCCCGUGGCAUUGCACGUGUACGACCAAGUUCGACGGCCGCGCACUCAGCGCGUGGUGGAGUCGAGCAAAGCAACGGGACUCAUCUUCACCGGGAGGAAUCCCGAGUAUCCGAUGAGCAUUGCUGGCAUGCUGGGUCGCCUGCCUCCUCGAUGGGACUUUAUCUUGAGCUUUGAUAACGGCAAAGCAAGAGACGAAGCGGUGCGCAUGUUGCAAUCGAGGCGGGAAAAGACGGGGCAAAGGCUGCCUCGCGUCACUGCCGAUGGCAUCCCAUCUCCUACCAUCCUUGCGGUGUCGGGCUAG